AUGUCUAAUGAAAAUACGGCCACCAGUAAACCAAAUACUACAAAUAAAGUUAGAGGUGAGGCUCAAAAUAAAUCAAAAGAUAGUGGUAAACCAAAAGAGAAAAAACUAAGUGUCUUAGAAAGUCAUGGGUAUACGGUCGGUCGAAGUAUCGGAAGUGGCUCAUAUGCCACAGUAAAGAUAGCAUAUUCAGAACGUCAUAAGGGUGACGUAGCUAUCAAAAUUGUAUCCAAAGUCCAAGAUGCUGCUGAUUAUCUCGAAAAGUUUUUACCACGUGAAAUUGAAGUAGUGAAAGGUUUAAAACACGAAAACUUAGUGAGAUAUUAUCAAGCAAUCGAAACAACGCACCGUGUGUACAUCAUAAUGGAAUUAGCUCCAAAUGGUAGUCUUUUGGAUAUAAUAAAAAGGGACGGCUGUAUCGAAGAAGACAGAUCGAGAAAAUGGAUGCGGGAGCUGGUGAACGCCGUGGGUUACUGUCACGAAAACGGAGUUGUGCACCGGGAUAUUAAGUGUGAAAACUUGUUGAUGGACGGAGAAUAUAAUAUCAAACUAUCCGAUUUUGGUUUCGCCCGAGGUAAUAUGCUUCACAAAAAUGGACAAAUGGCCACAAGUAACACGUUUUGUGGGAGUUACGCAUAUGCGUCUCCAGAAAUACUUAAAGGUAACCCAUAUCAGCCAGAUGCUUCUGACGUAUGGUCCACCGGAGUAGUCCUAUACGCAAUGAUAUUCAGUACUCUUCCUUUCGACGACAGCAAUUAUCCAAAACUAAUAAAACAAGUACAGAACAAAGUAACAUUUCCCAAAGACGCCAUUGCAUCCAAAGAAGUGAAGCAAUUAAUCUCAAAAAUAUUGGCACCACUGAAAGUGAGAUUAAAAAUACCGCAAAUCAAAAAGGAUCAAUGGUUCCAAAUAUCUUAAACUGAAGUUUCAAAGAAAAAAAGAGAUUACUGCAUCCAAAAAACAAUAAUAAAUAAUUCAUCAGAAUAUCGAUGAAAACUCAU